CUGUCCGUGGCGGGGGUGCGUGUGCGAGUGCCCGCCGCGUCCGUCAAGGGCAGUACGUGUGCAAACGCCCCUGGGGCCACGGUCGUCCGCCCAAAAGGGAGCUCAAUGGCAACAACAUAACACGAAUCAACAAGAAUGACUUUGCUGGGCUGAAGCAGCUCCGUGUCCUGCAGCUGAUGGAAAACCAGAUCAGCAUGGUGGAACGUGGGGCGUUCGAUGACAUGAAGGAGCUUGAGCGGCUACGGCUGAACCGCAACCAGCUGCACACCCUGCCUGAACUUCUCUUCCAGAACAACCAGGCACUGUCGCGGCUGGACCUGAGUGAGAACUUCAUCCAGGCCAUCCCCAGGAAAGCAUUCCGUGGGGCCACGGACCUCAAGAACCUGCAACUGGACAAGAACCAGAUCAGCUGCAUUGAGGAUGGGGCUUUCCGUGCCCUGCGGGGGCUGGAGGUCCUGACCCUGAAUAACAACAAUAUCACUUCAAUUCCUGUGUCCAGCUUCAACCACAUGCCCAAGCUGAGGACAUUUCGCCUGCAUUCCAACCAUCUCUUCUGCGACUGCCACCUGGCCUGGCUCUCACAGUGGCUGCGCCAGCGCCCCACCAUCGGGCUCUUCACCCAGUGCGCCGCUCCUGCCCAGCUUCGCGGUCUCAACGUGGCUGAGAUCCAAAAGAAUGAGUUCAGCUGCUCCGGACAAACGGACUCAGCACAUGCCCAGCUCUGCAGCUUGUCCUCUGGCUCCUGCCCAGCCAUGUGCACUUGCAGCAACGGCAUUGUGGACUGUCGGGGCAAGGGGCUGACAGCCAUCCCCGCCAACCUGCCCGAGACCAUGACAGAGAUCCGUCUGGAACUCAACGGCAUCAAGUCCAUCCCCCCAGGAGCCUUCUCACCCUACAAGAAGCUGCGGAGGAUAGACCUGAGCAACAACCAGAUCUCGGAGAUCGCCCCUGACGCCUUCCAGGGGCUGCGCUCACUGAAUUCCUUGGUGCUGUAUGGCAACAAGAUCACAGACCUCCCUAAGGGUGUCUUCGGAGGACUUUUUGCCCUGCAGCUGCUGCUUCUCAAUGCCAACAAGAUCAACUGUGUACGGGCAGAUGCCUUCCAGGACCUGCAGAACCUCUCACUGCUCUCACUCUAUGACAACAAGAUCCAGAGCCUGGCCAAAGGCACGUUCACCUCCCUGCGGGCCAUCCAGACUCUGCACCUGGCCCAGAACCCUUUCAUCUGUGACUGCAACCUGAAGUGGCUGGCAGAUUUCCUCCGUGCCAACCCGGUGGAGACCAGUGGAGCCCGCUGUGCCAGCCCCCGGCGCUUGGCCAACAAGCGUAUCGGCCAGAUCAAGAGCAAGAAGUUCCGCUGCUCGGCCAAGGAGCAGUAUUUCAUCCCAGGGACAGAGGAUUACCAGCUGAACAGUGAAUGUAACAGUGACGUGAUCUGCCCCCCAAAAUGCCGCUGUGAAUCUGGUGUGGUUGAGUGUUCCAACCUGAAACUCACCAAGAUCCCAGAUCGCAUCCCACAGUCCACAGCUGAGCUGCGCCUGAACAACAAUGAAAUCUCCAUCCUGGAGGCCACUGGCAUUUUCAAGAAACUCCCACAUCUGAAGAAAAUCAACCUCAGCAACAACAAGGUGUCGGAGAUUGAGGAUGGGGCGUUUGAGGGGGCAUCCUCUGUCAAUGAGCUGCACCUCACCGUUAACCAGCUGGAGUCUGUGCGGAGUGGCAUGUUCAGGGGCCUGGAUGGGCUGAGGACACUGAUGCUGAGGAACAACCGCAUUAGCUGCAUCCACAACGACAGCUUCACAGGGCUGCGCAACGUCCGCCUGCUCUCCCUGUACGACAACCAGAUCAGCACAAUUGCACCAGGCGCCUUUGACACGCUGCAGUCCCUCUCUACCCUGAACCUGCUCGCCAACCCCUUCAACUGCAACUGCCAGCUGGCCUGGCUGGGGGACUGGCUGCGCAAGAGGAAGAUCGUGACAGGGAACCCUCGGUGCCAAAACCCUGACUUCCUCCGGCAGAUCCCGCUCCAGGAUGUGGCUUUCCCUGACUUCAGGUGUGAGGAAGGUAAGGAGGAGACCACCUGCAUCCCCCGGCCCCAGUGCCCUCAGGAAUGCACCUGCCUCGACACGGUUGUCCGCUGCAGCAACAAGCACCUCAAGGCCCUGCCCAAGGGGAUCCCCAAGAAUGUCACAGAGCUCUACCUGGAUGGAAACCAGUUCACUCAGGUCCCGGGGCAGCUCUCUACCUUCAAGUAUCUGCAGCUUGUCGAUCUGAGCAACAACAAGAUCAGCUCCCUGAGCAACUCCUCCUUCACCAACAUGAGCCAGCUCACCACCCUGAUCCUCAGCUACAACUCCCUGCAGUGCAUCCCUCCGCUGGCCUUCGAAGGCCUCCGCUCCCUGCGGCUGCUGUCUCUCCAUGGCAAUGACAUUUCCAGCCUCCCUGAGGGCAUCUUUGCCGAUGUCACCUCCCUGUCUCACCUAGCCAUCGGGGCCAACCCCCUGUACUGCAGCUGCAAUCUGCGCUGGCUCUCCAGCUGGGUCAAGACGGGGUACAAGGAGCCAGGCAUUGCUCGCUGUGCCGGGCCCCCCGACAUGGAAGGAAAGCUGCUGCUCACCACCCCUGCCAAGAAAUUUGAGUGCCAAGGCCCACCUGCCCUGAGCGUCCAGGCCAAGUGCAACCCCUGCCUCUCCAGCCCCUGUCAGAACCAGGGCACCUGCCACAAUGACCCCCUUGGCUCCUACCGCUGUGCCUGUCCCAGUGGCUACAAGGGCAGGGACUGCGAGGUGGCACUGAGUGGCUGCUCCUCCAACCCCUGUGCCAAUGGGGGGACCUGCCAGCCUCAGGAGGGAGAAGGAGCUGGGUUCAGGUGCCUGUGCCCAGUGGGCUUCGAGGGCCUGAGCUGCCACACCACCAGCAACCCCUGCAAGGAGCACAGCUGCGAGAAUGGGGGCUCCUGUGUGCCCAGUGCCACCAACUACACCUGCCUUUGUCCUGCCCACUACACAGGGGAAUUCUGUGAACAGCCACUCAAUUUCUGCUCAGACGAGCUCAACCCCUGCCAGCAUGACUCUACCUGCAUCUCCACCAGCCAGGGGCCCAGGUGUGAGUGUGCACCCGGCUAUGUGGGGAGCAACUGCAGCGAGGACUUCGACGACUGCCAGGACCACCGGUGCCAGAACAACGCCCGCUGUGUGGAUGAGGUGAAUGGCUACUCCUGCCUCUGCACCGAGGGCUACAGUGGCCAGCUCUGCGAGAUGCCGCCCCACACCGCUGGCCAGGCUGGCCUCUGUGAGCGAGCUGAGUGCCAGAACGGAGCCCCAUGUGUGGAGCGGGGUGCCCGUGCCCUGUGCCAGUGCCUGCCUGGCUUCGGCGGCCCCAAAUGUGAGAAGCUGCUGAGCGUCAAUUUUGUGGACCGUGACACGUACCUGCAGUUUACCGACCUGCAAGACUGGCCCCGGGCUAAUAUCACCCUUCAGGUCUCCACGGCUGAAGGCAAUGGCAUCCUGCUGUACAAUGGUGACAGCGACCACAUGGCUGUGGAGCUGUACCAGGGCCAUGUGAGGGUCAGCUAUGACCCUGGCACUCACCCCAGCUCAGCCAUCUACAGUGCUGAGACCAUCAAUGACGGGCAGUUCCACACCGUGGAGCUGGUGACCUUCGACCAGAUGGUGAACCUGUCCAUCGAUGGUGGCAGCCCCAUGACCAUGGACAACUCGGGCAAGCAGUACACGCUGAACAGUGAGGCUCCCCUCUACGUGGGAGGAAUGCCUGUGGAUGUCAACUCGGCUGCCUUCCGCCUCUGGCAGCUCCUCAAUGGCACCAGCUUCCACGGAUGCAUCCGUAACCUCUACAUCAACAAUGAGCUGCAGGACUUCACCAAGACGCGGAUGACGCCAGGGGUGGUGCCUGGCUGUGAGCCCUGCCGCAAACUCUACUGCCUGCACGGCAUCUGCCAGCCCUCAGGCGCCCAGGGCCCCGUCUGCCACUGCGAGCCUGGCUGGGACGGGCCCCACUGUGACCAGCCCCGCGGUGGUCCCUGCCAGGGGCACAAGUGUGUGCACGGGCUGUGCCUGCCCCUUGACGCCCUCUCCUACAGCUGCCAGUGCCAUGAGGGCUACCAGGGUGCGCUCUGCAACCAGCCUGCCGAACCACCUGACCCCUGCCGCCACCAGCCCUGCGUCCAUGGCCACUGCCACCUCACCCCAGGUGGCCAGCCCACCUGCGAGUGCCACGAUGGCUACACCGGAGCCCUCUGUGACCAGGAGCCGGAGUGCCGCGGGGAGCCGGUGCGGGACUACCACCAGGUGCAGCGGGGCUAUGCCAUCUGCCAGACGACGCGGCCGGUGGCCUGGGUGGAAUGCCGGGGGACCUGCGGUGGCCCUGACGCCAGCUGCUGCACUGGACUGCGGCUCCGGCGCAGGAAAUACGCCUUUGAGUGCAGCAACGGUGCAACCUUCGUGGAGGAGGUGGAGAAGCCCAGCAAGUGUGGCUGCAGCCAGUGCCUGUGAGCAGCCACCGGCCCUGCAGAGCCGGGGGGCUGGUGGGGAGACCCCCCCCCCGAGCCAAGGACCUCACUUUACACUGCGGGCAUGGUGCUUCUCUCUGGGUGUUCCGAACUGCAGCUGCAUCCGAGGAGCCCGGCGGAGGGUAGAGCUGGUGCAUCUAGAAGAUUGGGAAGGAAACAGAAAAAAAGAAAAAAAAAAAAGAAAAAAAAAAAGGAAAAAACCCCACAAACAAAGCAAAUGUGUAGAUAGAGAAUUUUUUUAAGAACUGCAGCUACACAGAUCUGUGGAUGUGGAGUGGGCACCGUGCCCAGCUGCCCUGUCCUCUCCCUGUGGCACUCUGCCUCCUGUCAGUGAGGCCCCAUAGCCAUGGAGGGCAGUGCCUGCAUCCCGGCUGAGUCCCCUCCCUGGCAGCCCUGUCCCUUGCAUCAGCCCAGUGAUCUGGGGGCUUUUCCAACACCUGGAACAGGAGGGAGGCCUGACAUGGCAGAGCCUUGUGGUCUAUGUCAAGCCAUGGCUUGCAGUGGGCUGUGUGACUGUCCUCCAGUCUUGGUGAGGCCAGAUAUGGUUUCCCGUCCCCUCCUCCAGCAGCCCUGGUCUCUCUCCCUUCAAGUUGCUGGAGCCCAAAAUACCCCAGAUAAUGUCCCCAGCUCUGUGGCCCCAGCCUGACCCUCUGGUGACACCCCUGGUCUUUACAUGCUGGCUGGCUCUGCAGUGCAUGGGCACGCAUAGGUCCAACCCACUGUGGUCACAUCGAGGCCACACUGAUUGAGCAGGACCAGGGCAGUGCCAGCCACACUGAAUGGGGGACAGCACUGUGCCAUUCAUGUGGAGAGGGCCCCAAAUACCCCUGGCUUAGCCAGGUAGCUCUGCUUAGAGGGGGGAGCUGUGAGGGCAGCACAGGAAUCCUUUUUUUCCGGGCUCUGUCCUAAGGGAGCAAGCCUGCAGCUGGGUGAAGGUGCCCCAUGUCCCACUGACCCAGGAGCAGGAGGCUGCUGGGACAGCUGGGAUGUGGGUUUGUCAUGCCCAUCAUGGGGGCCUCAGUCUUGUGCAUGCCAAGUUGAAGAGGCUGAAGAACCUGCAAGCCUGGAGCCACUUCCAGGGCAGGACCCACCAGCUCUUGGACUCAAGUGCCCAUACCCAGCAUCUCUCCAAAGCCCACAAUGCCAGGGCAUGUGCUGAGCUUGGGUGGGAGCAGGGGCACACAGGGAGCUCCUGCCAGGGUACUGCACACACCCAACAUCCACAGCAGCAUCACCUCUACAACUGUGGGGGCCAGGGAUAGUAGGCGCCCACCCUGGGACACUGCACGUGGCUGGACAGUGAAACACCACUUCACUCUGGCGGACAGACUCAUCCCAGAGCUGCAGUCGUGGGUCUCUCCAUCACACCACUCCAGCACUUUGGCUUCAGGUCUGCACUGCCAGCUGUGGCCGGGCUCCAGGCACCUCCACUGGAUACACCCAGCACUGCAGGUGCUGUCACCAUCCCUGUUCACCACUGGCAUCCAGGGCAUCUCCACCGCCACGGGGAUGUGUUUCUGUCACAAACGCCCUCUCCAUGGGAGCUCCUCUGCCAUACAGAGGAGUUGGGAUGCGUCUCAUUUUGCCUGUGGCCCACCCGGGGCUUGGUUGUAUUGUGUUUCUGUUCUUGCUGUACGCUAACCGCUAAAGUAUCUCUUUAUACAGAAUACUUACAGAUUCUAAUAUAUAUUUGUAUUUCAUUUUGUUAUAGUAUUUUUAUAUGUUUGGGGUCAACAAAUGAUGUUUUCUUUUUGUUUACAGAUGCUACUGGGCAGGAAAAUGACGGUGGCUUUGUUUGGCCCGUGGGGUUUGUGUGUGUCACUAUUGAAGACGCUGGUUUGUACUAGGCUGGUGAGGGUGGCGCUGGGCAUCCUUCCGCUGGCAGAGGCUGUCUUGUUUUAGGAGAUGUUUGGUAUUGUCUAUGUUGUCUUCCAUGUGAACAUGACAUUUAUUCAUUCA